AGCAAUGGAGUAGAUGACAAUAAUGAUAGGAGAUAACUGAGCACCGUAACGCUACUCUACAGAAUCCGCUCCUGCCGAAGCGAAUCGAGUUGAACAUUUCCAAACACGCCGAACUCUCCCUCGUCGUCACGUCCUGGUAAAGCGCCCCGUUCCCCCACUCAGCGUCCCCGCGGCGAGGCGAGCGAAGCGACGGGAGAGCCAGUGGAAGAGGAAUCGCUUUUAGCCAGUCAUUGCCAAUGGCCUCCGAAGGCGGCGAGAGCAACAUGGACCGAGAAAUGAUUCUGGCCGACUUUCAGGCUUGCACUGGAAUUGACAACAUUGCAGAGGCAAUCACCCUGUUAGAGCUUAAUAACUGGGAUUUAGUGGCAGCCAUCAAUGGAGUGAUACCACAGGAGAAUGGGAUUUUACAACGUGAGGCGAGCGCGUUCGGCCCUCCCAGCCAAUCGGAAGCAGCCGAUGCGGCGGCGGCGGAGGGCGCAGCUCCUCCCCCCGCCUCCUCCUCAUCCUCGUCCUCCUCUCCUGCAUCGUCCUCGGCGUCAGCUUUUUGCCCCGUCAACCCCUCCUCCCGACACAUUGUAGAGCGCCAGCCCCGGAUGCUCAACUUUCGGGUGGAGUACCGGCAGCGCACCAUCGAGCUGGUGCUGGAGGAAGGCAGCACAGUCGGAGAAAUCAAAACAAUCCUCGAGGCAGAUCUUGGGAUUCCAGUUUCCAAAAUGCAGCUGAAGGGAUGGAAGAGCGGAGAUGUGUCCGAUAGUACGGUGAUGAGAAGUUUACACUUGCCCAAGAACAACAGCCUGUACGUCCUGACUCCAGAAAUCGCCCCCACUGCCAGCACCAGCAAAAACAGUGAUCUCCAAGAUUCGUUAAACCAGAACUUCCUGUUGGUCAUCAGCCACCGCGAGGCCCAGAGGGACUACAGUCUCAACUUCCCCGGCUCCAGAACCAUACAGGAGGUGAAGAGGAACAUUUCCGACCUGACCAACAUCCCAGUCCGACAUCAGCAGUGGGAUGGGUGGCCCGCGUCAGCGUCUGAUGACUCUAUGACGCUAGCUGUCUCUGGGAUCAGCUACCCUUGCCAUCACCUCGGUGUUUGCCGAAGAUCCUCACCAGCCAAUUCCCAGGAACCCACGGAAGAGUGCGCAGAUGUCCAUAUGGUCAGCGACAGCGAGGGGGAUGAUUUUGAGGAUGCGUCAGAGUUUGGCGUGGACGACUCUGAGAUGUUUGGAAUGGGUUCUUCUACCUGUCGGAAAUCACCGAUGAUGCCAGAGAACAGUGAGAACGAAGCUGAUGCCUUACUGCACUUUACUGCCGAAUUUUCCUCAAGAUACGGAGAGACCCACCCAAUGUUCUUCAUUGGGUCCUUGGAGGCGGCAUCUCAAGAGGCCUUCUAUGGCAAAGCCAGAGAUAGAAAGCUGCUGGCCAUCUACCUCCACAAUGAUGACAGCGUCCUCAGCAACGUCUUCUGCUCCCAGAUGAUGUGCGCGGACUCCAUCGUCGCCUACCUGAGCCAGAACUUCAUCACGUGGGCCUGGGAUGUCACUAAAGAAGCUAACAAAGCCAGACUACUCACCAUGUGCACGAGGCACUUUGGCAGUGUGGUGACACAGACUAUACGGACAUACAAGACAGACCAGUUCCCCCUGCUGCUGAUAGUCAUGGGCAAACGCACAUCCAAUGAAGUUCUACAUGUUAUUCAAGGUAAUUCGACAGUGGACGAGCUGAUGAUGAGGUUAAUGGGAGCAAUGGAAAUCUUCACAGCACAACAACAAGAGGACAUCAAAGAUGAGGACGAGCGCGAGGCCAGAGAAACGGUGAAGAGGGAACAGGACGAGGCCUACCGCGUGUCUUUAGAGGCCGACCGUAAAAAGAGAGAAGCACAAGAGAAAGAAGAGGCCGAGCAGGUCCGCCUGGAACGCAUGAGAAAGGAGCAGGAGGACGAGAAGGAGGCCAUCCGCCUGUCAUUGGAGCAGACCCUACCAGCGGAGCCAGACGAGGACUCAGCCGAGCAAAUCAGCAAACUGCGAGUCCGCACGCCGAGCGGCCAGUUCCUGGAACGCCGUUUCCUCGGCAGCUGCCACCUCCAGGUCCUCUUCGACUUUGUGGCCUCCAAGGGGUUCCCCUUCGAAGAGUUCAAGCUCCUCACCACCUUCCCUCGUAGAAAUAUCACGCAGUUGGAUCCUGGCUCGACUCUGCUGGAGGCCAAGCUGUUCCCGCAGGAGACGCUCUUCCUGGAGGCGAAAGAAUAGGAAGCAGCCCUCAGUCAGCUGAGAGGACCGACUGACCGAUGAACUGGCUGGACACACACUAGUCACCGAGCAUGGGCCCCCCCCAGUCCGGGCCUACACUACACACACACACACACACACUCAAAAGCAAUCCUCUCAGACGUACAUAAACACACGGGCAUGCACGUCCAGUGACACACACACACACACACACACACACACACGCUUCUCUGCCCUCGGCCUGGUCGUGGCACAUGAAAGCCUGGUGUACACGUGUUGCACAGAGGAGCAAAGACAGUAUCACAAGCACACCGCCAAGCAUUCACCCCCCCCCCCCCCCCCCCCUCUCUCUCUCUCUCAUCCUUCCCGCUCUACAACUCCACGUUCCCAAACAACACAACACAACACAGUACGAAAAAAAAAACACAAUGGAGAGACUGGGAAGACAAAUCUUUGUCAUAGAAAAAAAAACAACAACAAAAAAAACUGGACUUGUUCCUUUUGUGUCCACAUUCAACACACCAAGGCUGCUUUUUUAGAACAUGUUUUUUGUGUUUGAAAUGAGAAAAAAUAAGAAAUAAAUGAUGGAAAAUAAAAUAAACAGCAAGAAGAGAUGUUGCCGUUUCAUCUCCACCUGUAUUUCCUCCCUUGACUUCUCCAAACCCCCCCCAUCUCGGCCCCAUCUCCCUCCCCCGCAUCCCUCCGUCUGCUGUCAUCUGCUGGGAUGAGCCGUGACUGGAUGCCUGCAGCAUCUGCAGCCCCCCCCACCCCCCAUGCCCCCCCUCCCCUCACCUGGUUUUAACACCCACUGCUCAUCAAGCCAGCGGAUUGCUCAGUUUUUUGUUUUGUUUUCUUUCUUUUUUUUUUCUCUUGAUCCUUUUUAAGUUUGAUGCUGUAUUAGUUUUAGUUUGAUAUACAUUAUAUAAAAUAUAUGAAUAUGAACAUCAA